CUCUCCUUGCUUGCGACCAGCACGACUGCAACGACUGCACGCGUGACAGCUUGCGGCUGUACACCCAAGUCGCAUUCCUUGCUUUUGUCUGGCUGCUAUCCCUCAGGAGCCGGAUACAACAUCAAAAUCUGCAAGGAGGCGCGCGGUACAAACGAUUUCUCGCGCGAAAUUGGCAAACGGUCGUUUGGCGGGAAAUAUAAGGGUGUAGGUGUUGUCCUGCCAGUAGCUGUCGAGAGGGAGGGAGGGAGGGACAGGGAGAAGCGGCGCACUCAUCAAGACAGUGGCUGGGACAGCAAAGACAUCGGUGCUGCACCCCUGCAGUUUGUUCUGCUGCCUAGGGUGCAUCGUGCGUCAAUCGACACCUGAGCUACAACAUCAUGUUGAGCAAGUGGAAUGCCGAGAACAUCAACCAAGUCGGACCGUCUCAGCGUGGGCUCGGCGGAGGCAAGAGCUUCAAGCCUCUAGGCGAUGCAGGAUCGUCAGAGAACCCUCCCUCAGCUUCCGGGAAGGGCAUUCUUCAGCGCAAGCUCAAACCCCUGGGCAGCUACUCCGAAAACGCACCGCCUUCGGCCGCGAAAGGAAAAGCGGCCGGCGGUGGAGGGGGGCUCGGAGGCCUUCCCCCGAACUCUUCCGCCAAGAAACAGCCGCGACGGGCGCUAGGCGACAUCUCAAACGCGGGCAACGCCCCUCCGCCAGUGGCGACCAACAACGCCCCGUCCAAGCUCUCGGGGAAGCAGCCGCUCCUCGCCCCUGGGUUGAAAUUUACCGUACACAGCGAUUCGAACAAGGCGGCGGCGGGGAGGGCGGUAAGGCCGCGAGGCGCAGGAUCAAGGGUCGUAGCGAGCGGGAGCGGAAGGAGCGUGCUAGGGUCGAAUGGGCGCGUGGAUGACAUCGAGCUCCCUCUCGGUAGGACCGGAGACGAGGAGGAGGUGCUCGUGGAGAGACGCGCGGAGGAGAGAGCGGCUGAGAAGUUCGCCAGGCCUCACAGGGUACCGUAG